CCCCCUCUCCUUCCUUCAGGUACCUGGGGAUGGUGGGCGUGACGCAGCUGCUGCCACAAGGGGACCAAGAAGUGCAGAACGUCAGCACCGCCACGGCAGUCAGCAUCUGUCAGCACCUGCCGGGGUUGGUGCAGCAGCAGGUGGCGGUGUGUCAGAACCACCCGGACGCCAUCAGGAGUGUGAGUGACGGGGCGCGGCUCGGCAUCAACGAGUGCCAGUACCAGUUUCGCAAUGAGAGGUGGAACUGCACAACUGGCGCGGACAUUGACUACCCCUUUGGUUACACGCUGAGGAGAGGGAGCAAGGAGACCGCCUUCAUCUACGCCGUGACGUCCGCCGGGGUGGUGCACGCUGUCACGCAGGCCUGUUCCUCUGGUAACCUCACCGACUGCUCCUGCGACAUGAGCAAGCAAGGCCUGUCGACUCCUGAGGGAUGGAAGUGGGGAGGCUGCAGCGACAACCUGAGAUUCGGAGUCCAGUUCGCGCGGCAGUUCGUCGACGCCCCAGAGAAAGAGAGACACAAGAAGCUGAAGAGGAGAAGGAACCUAAUGAAUCUACACAACAAUGAGGCAGGACGAGAGGCAGUGGCGCGCCUGAUGAAGAUGCAGUGUCGCUGUCAUGGCGUGUCUGGCUCCUGUGAACUGAAGACCUGCUGGCGCUCCAUCCCGACCUUCCCUGUGGUGGGCGACUACCUGAAGGGAAAGUACCUCACCACUCUCAGGCAGUUCACACACAAGAAGAUGCGAGGGUCGAGAUGGCGCGACUCGUCCCGCCGGAGGAGGAAGCGGCGCGGCCGUCGCAAGCGUCGCUUCCUGGCAGAGAAGGAUGAGCUGGUGCACAUCCACAAGUCCCCGAACUACUGCAUCCAGAACCCCAAGAAAGGGAUCCUCGGCACCCACGGCCGCUUCUGCAACAAGACAUCCAAUGGCGCCGACUCAUGUGACCUCCUGUGUUGUGGCCGGGGGUACAACACACAGGUUGUGCGGUACGUGGAGCGCUGCCACUGCAAAUUUGUGUGGUGUUGCCAUGUCCAGUGCAAGACUUGCAUCACCAACGUUGAUGUUCACACCUGCAAGUAGAGGAGAGGCUCGGGUGACAUGAAUGUUUAGGAGCACCUGCCUUGUUCACCUGAUGGGAAAGAGUUGUGGCUCAUGAAGGAGUCUUGGACUGUUUGGGUGCUGUAGAGAAGAUGGUGAAAGAUAUAUCAUCCAAAACUUGAAAGCCGUGAAUAUGUUUUGUGUUGAGCGACAACCGACUUGGCGCCCAGACUCAAGAAUGCUGAGCGAGAUGCUGCAGCUGGUUGGAACACUUCAGAAAUAUUACAUGUAAAUUUGCAGCUGUUUAGUCAGUUUUAGUGGUAAACUAACAGCAAGAUAGUGCUUUAGUGGUGAUGAUCAGGUAGACUGUGUGAAAGCCGAGGUAGCCUCAAGCAUUGGGACUCAUCACACGCCAGUAGCUGAGAGAAAUCAGUGUUUUCAUUACCACUGGAAACUGUCAUGUGUGUCAUGGCUGCCACUGUGAUCCUGGCCCCCACACAUGUGUGGUGGGGUGCCAGCGUCACCUGCAGCCCAGCCACACCACACACCCGACCUGAUCGCCCCUCAUCAGAAAACAAAGUGGUACUUAUCAUUGUGUGUUUUGGUAUUGUACACUCUGGCAAGGCAUCCUUAACUGUCCUUCCAGCACUAGGCAGCCAGUGAUGGGUCCUGCAAUCCACACACAUCUAUCACCCCAAGGAAGGCCAGGCAGCCCCAGGGGAGGAGCAAACAGGAGUGGCUCCAGCUGCUUCCUUGAUGGAAUUGCCGAGUGACAAGGUGUUCCCCAAAGGCAGCUAGACGGUGCCAGCCAGGCAGGCCUUGGCUGCCUCCACCACAUCCACCACCACCACCACCACCGCCACACACCCAGAACAAGCCACGCAACAACCUCCUCCUCCUGAAGGGGGUGUCGCCGUUAGUCGUCCGAGUAAUGGAUCAAAAUAUUUUGUGUGAAAUAUAUUGCAAUAAACUAUAUGUCAGACAUUUACAUACUAUUAGCUAUGAUUGGACUUACCAUUACCUCAUAUUUAUGGUGUCGUGUGUACAGUGGUCCCUCCCAGUGGUAGUUUCAUAAACUAUGCUGUGUUUGUAUAUAGUGAAGAUUAUUUUGCUUUUUAUGCCCUUUACAAAUGUCUCUUGAGUUUAUGGCUGAGAUUAGGAUAUUCUUGUUCAGUAUCAAUGGAAGGACAAAGCAGCAGGUGUUUCAAGGCCGCCCCUUCCUCCCUGCCAGUCCUCAGCGGGGUGGAGGGGCCGGCUGUCAGAACAUUUACACUUGGUAGACACGUGCUUAGCCAGAAUAAACAAAAUAUAUUUACAUUAGUACCUUUGAGUUUAUGUGAAGGCUGUGGCAGGUGUCAGCGCUCAGGGGCGUGAGGCGUGGCACAGGUAGAGAGUCAGCCUGGCACUGUCAUCUCCUCUGCACCAGGCAUCACACAUUGAUCACUUGCCCCUCACACCCUCAGUCCCUGACUUGUCCAUAAAUGCAUCAAUCAUAAUAACAUGAGAUCCUUUCUCUGUAACAUAUGCAUAUAAAUUAAGAAAAAAAAAAUGUGUGUGUGUGUGUGUAUGUGUGUGUGUGUGUGUGUGUGUGUGUGUGUGUGUGUGUGUGUGUGUGUGUGUGUGUGUGUGUGUGUGUGUGUGUGUGUGUGUGUGUGUGUGUGUGUGUGUG